AUGGAGAAGGCGCCGUCCAUCGGCUCCAGCAGCUGGGUGAUGGAGAUGGAGAGGACGAUCGGCGACAUCGACCCGGCGGUGGAGAUGGCGCGCUGGAAGCGGCACUCCAUCUACCUCGUCCCCGAGCGCAUCAAGAACCUGCACAACACCAAGGCGUACCGGCCGGAGCUCGUCUCCCUCGGCCCCUUUCACCACGGCGAGCCCGACCUGCUCCCCAUGGAGGAGCACAAGCGCCGGGCCGUGGUGCACCUCGUCAAGCGCUCCGGGAGGCCGCUGCGGGAGUUCGUCAACGCCGUGGCCGAGGUCACGCAGCAGCUCCAGGAGGCGUACAAGGACCUCGGCACCGAGUGGCGCGGGGACGAUAACCGGCAGCGCUUCGUCGAGCUCAUGCUCACCGACGGCUGCUUCCUGCUGGAGGCCAUGAGGAUGGACGCGCUGCGGGGGAAGGUGCAGGGCGACUACGCGCCCAACGACCCCGUCUUUAGCCAGUACGGUUACCUCUACUUGUGGCUGUAUAUCCAGUCCGACAUGGUCGUCAUGGAGAACCAGCUGCCACUGCUUCUUCUCCACAGGCUAUUCCUUGUUCUCGACCAUGACAAAUAUCAGGAUGCUCGAGAGAUAAGAAAGUUGGUGCUUGAUUCCCUUUGUCCUUGGCGCCGACAUGUGGUUGAUAUAAACCCCCUCGGGCUCCAUCCCCUCGACAUCUUACACCAAAGCCUUACCCAUGACGACCACCAAGAUCGCAAAGGUUCGAAGGCGUAUGUCAUGCCCUCCGCGAUGGAGAUCUAUGAAGCAGGAAUCCAUUUCAAGGUGAGCGACACCGACAGCCUCCUCGACGUCCACUUCGAGCAUGGCGUGCUAAGCAUGCCGGCGGUUAGGGUCAACGAAGGCACCGAGAAGAGGUUCCUCAAUCUAAUGGCAUUCGAACGGCUCCACCCUUCUGCUGGCAAUGCCGUGACGGCCUACGUAAUCUUCAUGGACAACAUGAUUAGCUCGGCCAAGGAUGUCGCCCUGCUCAGAUCUAAGAUGAUUAUCGAGAGUGGGUUGGGCAGCGAUGAAGAGGUCGCUAAGCUCCUAAACAACACGCUAAACAAGGGAGGAGUGAUGAGCCCUUCUAGUAGGCUCCACGAUGUGCAGCGACAGGUGAAUGCCCACUGCAGGAAGAGAUGGAACAGGUGGCGAGCUAACUUCAUACAAACCUACUUGAGAAACCCUUGGGUGUUCAUUUCCCUCGUCGCCACCAUUAUUCUACUAGUUGCCACACUUUUGCAGACCUUCUAUACGGUUGCACCCUUUUACAAGCUAAUAUCCUAG